AUAAAAAGCAGUCAAGAAUGGAAGAAGAAACAGAACAUUUAGCUGCAAUUUUAUCUAUUGUAGAUGAACAGUCACACAAAUUAACAGAAUUUUUAAACUCUGAAGAUAUGAAACCAGAUCUAUCAACAUUUUCAUCUAUUGUUGAUGCAAAACCCAAUAUGACAUUCACAGCUUCUCAAGAUGUUAAACCCUAUACUACAACAGAAUUUUCAUCUUCUAAAGACACAGAAACACCCAACAAAACAUUUAUAAGCUUGCAAGAUGUUAAACCUGAUGUUACAACUGCGUUUUUAAUUUGUAAAGAUAAAAAGCCUGCUGAAUCAACAUUAUCAACAUCUAAAGAUAACAAAUCAGAAGUCACAGCUUUAUCAAGUAGUAAAGAUUCAAAACCAGAUUUAUUGACAGGAUUUAUUUUUUUUGAGGAUAAACAACAAAAAGGGCUUGAACUUCACGUUGAAAAAAAUCUCCAGUUUUCUAGAGACAAAAGAUAUCAGAUUGUUUCUAGUCUCAAACACAAAAGGUUUUCUCAAAGUUCUAACUUAAAUAAGCAUAAAACAGGUCAAGAAGGAAAUAAGCAAGUUGAAUAUGAUGGUGACCAUGAGAAUCUUUCUCAAAGUUGUAGUAACAAUACAAAAGUGCACUCAAGAGAUAAGCCAUAUAUAUGUGAUGUUUGUAAUAAAAGGUUCUCUCAAAGAUGUCGAUUAUAUGCACAUAUUAAAGGGCACUCAGGUGAUAAGCCAUAUGAAUGUGAUGUUUGUCAUAAAAAGUUUUCUCAAAAUUCUCAUUUAACUACACAUAAAAAAGUUCAUUCAGGAGAUAAGCCACAUGAAUGUGAUGUUUGUCUUAAACAGUUUGCAUCUAAAUCUAAUUUAACUGCACAUAAAAAAGUUCAUUCAGGAGAUAAGCCACAUGAAUGUGAUGUUUGUCAUAAAAAGUUUGGUCAGAAGAUAAGUUUAUUACAACACAGAAAUCUUCAUACAGGAGAUAAGUCAUAUGAAUGUAAUGUUUGUCAUAAAAGGUAUACUCAAAGUUCUGGUUUAAGUACACACAAGAGAAUUCAUUCAGGAGAAAAGCCACAUAAAUGUGAUGUUUGUAAUAAAAGGUUCUCUCAAAGAUUUUAA